CGUCGCCUCGCCACCCCCUCCACCUUCGGCUCCAAGUCCAGCCUCACCGAGACCCUCGCCCUGCUGCCCCCGCUGCAGCUCUACCGCCGGCUCCUCCGCGUGCAUCGCAAGAAACUCGACCCGGAGAUGCGCGUCCUGGGCGAUGGUUAUGUGAAGGCGGAGUUUCGGGCGCAUCGCAAUGUGGAGAAUCCGUUGCAUAUCAUCGGCUUCCUCACCGAAUGGCAAUUAUAUGCGCAGAAACUGGAGGGUGAUAUGUGGGAGGGGGAGAAAUUGGAUAAGGCCAAGUUGGAUAAGUUGAGUGACCAGCAGGUCGGCCAGCUGUAUGAGCUGAUGCAGGCGAUUCAGAAUAAGGACGGGGAGGGCGGCGAG